ACUCUUUUGUGGACAGUGACCCAUCAAUCAAUGCACAAGCAGCAGUGACGUACUGACGUUAAUCGCAGCUCUACCCAUCAUUUGCAGCCACCAGCAUCUGCUCCGGCACGCUUCUGCCACCGCCGUCGCCGGAGAUCCGUCACGCGUCCGACUCCGAUUGACUGAACCGUCGGAGCACGUACGCCGGGAUGCGGUGCUGGCGUCGCCUGGCGGCGGCCGGCGCACUGCUCGCCGCCCUCUGCGCCGCGCUUGCUCUGGCGGUGGCGGAGCACCGGCGCCCUGACACCACGGCCAGCAGCAGCAGCCGCCGGCCGCUGCGGUUCGCGUCGGGAGGAGGGUUCAAGGUGGCGCUCUUCGCCGACCUGCAUUACGGCGAGAACGCCUGGACGGACUGGGGCCCACGGCAGGACGCCGGCUCCGACCGCGUCAUGGCCGCCGUCCUCGACGCCGAGAAGCCCGACUUCGUGGUGUACCUCGGCGACCUCGUGACCGCGAACAAUCUAGGGAUCCCCAACGCGAGCCUGUACUGGGACAGAGCGAUUUCUCCGACCAGAGGCAGGGGGAUCCCGUGGGCGACGGUGUUCGGGAACCACGACGACAUGCCGUUCGAGUGGCCUCCUGAGUGGUUCUCUCCUGCAGGCGUUCCGCCGCUGCAUUGCCCACCACCGAGCAUGUCAGAUUCAGACUGCAGCUUCCGAGGAACACCGCGACUUGAACUGAUGACAAGUGAGGUUAUCCGUAAUGGAUUGUCAUAUUCAUCAAAUGGCCCCAAGGACCUCUGGCCUGCUGUUUCCAACUACGUCUUGCAGGUGCUAUCACAGAAGCGAGAUGAUCCAGCUCUGCUCAUGUAUUUCCUUGACUCCGGUGGUGGAUCCUAUCCAGAAGUGAUAUCCAGUGCUCAGGUUCAGUGGUUUCAUAGUCAAUCUCAGUUCCUUAAUCCAAAUGGAAGGAUUCCAGAGAUAAUCUUUUGGCAUAUUCCAAGUACGGCAUAUGCCAAGGUUGCGCCGAAAGCUAAGUCCGAAAUAAGAAAACCCUGUGUUGGCUCUAUCAACAGGGAAGAAGUAGCACCACAAGAAGCUGAAUGGGGUAUGAUGGAUGCCCUUGUCAAGAGGGCUUCAGUGAAGGCAAUUUUCGUUGGUCACAACCACGGCCUGGAUUGGUGCUGCCCACACGAGAAACUCUGGCUAUGUUUUGCCCGACACACAGGCUAUGGUGGCUACGGUAACUGGCCAAGAGGAGCAAGGGUUAUUGAGAUAUCUGAACAGCCCUUCUCAAUUCAGUCAUGGAUACGGAUGGAGGAUGGGACAACGCACAGCGAUAUUAGCUUGAGCUCCUAGACUUGUAAAUGAAAUGUAGUUGCUGGAGUUUUAUUUCAGACAAAUAAAGAGUCCAAGUAGGAAAAUGAAGGUGGACACUGUAUAUAAUUAAGCUGAGCCCCCUUGUAAAAUUGUAAUAUAUGCGUACAGAGUAAGAAAAGGUUGGCAGAAAGAAAGAGAAAAGAGUAGGAAAAAUGAUGAACCUAUGGGAUCCACUGCCACGUGUCAAGCUACGUGGUGCCAUGUCAGAUGAAAUCACCAGAAAAAAAAGUUACAGGGAGGAAAAACAAACCGAUAUCAUAUCAGCA